CCGGUACAGUACCGUAUCGUGGCGCGUGCCCGAGUCAGCCAUCAUCGGUGGCUGCGAAAAGUCCUUAUCGAUAAGGGCGGAGCCCCAGAUUGGCCCGAUCCGGAAAAAAAGGUGAACGCCCCUCACUCGCUCGAUCUGGUAGAUCCAGGCCCCAGCGAGGGGCUCAACGGUCGUGGCCAUCUGUACCAAUUCGUCUGUUACCUAUAGAUAGCAUUAUUAUUAUUCUCUCCCCCUUGCCAUCCCAAUACUAAAGUUAUAUUCUUGCCUCACGUUGUACAUACCAACCAUGGAGAAGGAUCCAGGCUUCAUCGCGGCGGUGGAGGAGGCUAAGCAGGGAGCGUCCGAGGGCGGUGUUCCCAUCGGUGCCUGUCUCGUCUCCAAGGAUGGCAAGAUUCUAGGCCGCGGGCACAACAUGCGCGUGCAGAAGGGCAGCGCAACCCUGCAUGCAGAGAUCUCGGCUCUCGAAAACUCCGGUCGCCUGCCCGCAUCUGCCUACGAGGGCGCCACCAUGUACACCACGCUCUCUCCCUGUGACAUGUGCACCGGUGCCUGCGUGCUCUACAAGAUCAAGCGGGUCGUCGUUGGUGAGAACAAGAGCUUCGUGGGAGGGGAGCAAUACCUCCAGAACCGAGGCAUUGAGGUCGUGGUUCUGGAAAAUGAGGAGUGCAAGCAAUUGAUGGAGAAGUUCAUGCGGGAGAAGCCCGAGAUCUGGAAUGAGGAUAUCGGUGUUUGAAAUAUGCAUGACGGUAUGAUUUUUUUUUCUAUCUUCGUCCGUAGGUCAGGCGACAUGUGCAAGCAUGCAAUGUAUGACCAGAGUCGUCCCAGCGUGUGAGU